AUGGACUCGUCGGACGAUGAAAGUUUCCUCAGCGAAAGCGAAAGUGACGAAGAAUUCGACGACAGCGUUGUUGACGAUCUCAGUGAAAAUAAAUUAGAAAAAUUGAAGUGCUUGGGCAAAAAUGUCAAUUGGGAGAUCGAAGAAGAGCGUCGCAAAUUUCUUCGCGAAUUUUACUCCAUAAUCAACGGUUGGAACGCCGAACUUCCAAAUCUCCGAGACAUUUUUGAAAAGGAAGAAAUUCACUGGCUUCUCAUGGAGACUGUACAUUUCAGAGGUGGAGAUGCGGAAUAUUUUCAAAGAGAAGACAUCGUCGAUUUCGUGGCUCUUACCGGAUACAGAGACGAGCCCGACGUGGACGAUGAUGGCAAGCCGGUGUUGCGUCGCACCACGCCGGUGCAUGAGGCGGCCCAACGCGACUACCUGCACGUCGUCAAAAGCCUGUUCAAAAUUUACGACAGGUUCGACGCGAAUUACAUCGACGAGGAGUCCGGCCUCACUCACUUUCACGUGGCCUGCAUGUCGCGCUGCGACGAGGUCGUCGAAAAGUUUCUCGAGCUCGGGCAGGAUCCCGAUCUCCGCGUGCCGAGAACGGGCGAUUCGUCGCUGCACCUGGCUUCGGCUCGGUACAACGUCGAGGCGAUCGCGUUGCUGUUGAAACACGGCGCGAUCCGAAUCUGGCCAACGAGGAGGGACUGA